AUGACAUUUGUUGUUAUUACUUUGCCGAAUUUUAUAUUUACCUGGUUAAUACUCCAGUACACAUUUGUCCUGAUACUCCUGAGGGAGAGAUUUCGGGUAUUAAAUGAAGCACUUGGACGAAUCUCAUCGGCGGCAUUCGUAAAGCCAUAUUAUUUCCGAUCAUCAGAGAGUACUCUUGGUGAUGUAAUUACCAGGAAUUUAUGUCUUAUCAAAGAAUCCCAUGAUGAUCUGUAUGAAAUCGCUUGUCAUAUUUCUAGUUUAUAUUCUUUCCCAAUUUUUCUUGUAAUUUCUGUGUUCUGCGCUACCAUCAUCGUUUCGGCAUAUUAUUUUGUCCUGGCACUAAUUCCGGCUCAUCGUGUAGAGCCUUUCAUUAUAUUUAAUUCCAUGUUCUACAUAGUAAUGGAAAUAUUCCCGAUCAUCGUCCUGUCUUUUGGUGUUAAUAAAAUUACAAAUGAGAUGAAACUCACGGCUGUUGCAAUCCACAAACUCCUUACUCGAUCUUCCCUAAAUGCAAAAUCAAAAACACAGCUCAAACUCUUUUCAUUGGAAUUACUUCAUAAAAAUGUAUCUUUCACUGGCUACAAUAUUUUUGCUCUAGACGGUACACUUCUUCAUUCUAUACUCAACACCACAGCAACAUAUUUAAUUAUUCUAUUUCAAUUCGGUCAAUCAAAUGGAAAACCUUGCCACGACUCAAUUGACUGA